GAAUUUAAUCAUUUCCUGAUAAAAGAAUGCAAUUUCAACUGACCUUCUUUUUGCACCUUGGGUUGCUCAGUUGCACGAAGGCUCAAGAUGAAUGCCGCAGGGAUGCCUGUCAUCCCACCACCGGCGAUCUCCUGGUGGGCCGUAGCUCGCAGCUCACGGCUUGUUCUACCUGCGGGCUAGACAGAGCCCAGAAGUAUUGCAUCCUCAGCUACCUCGAGGGGGAACAAAAAUGCUUCAUCUGCGACUCCAGAUUUCCAUAUGAUCUGUACACCCAACCCAACAGCCAUACCAUUGAGAAUGUAAUUACAAGUUUUGAACCAGAUAGAGAAAAGAAAUGGUGGCAAUCUGAGAACGGUCUGGAUCAUGUCAGCAUCAGAUUGGACCUAGAGGCAUUAUUUCAGUUCAGCCACCUUAUUCUGACCUUUAAGACUUUUCGGCCUGCUGCAAUGUUAGUUGAAUGCUCCACAGACCAUGGACACACCUGGAAAGUGUUCAGAUAUUUUGCAAAGGAUUGUGCUACUUCCUUCCCCAGCAUCACACCUGGCCAGGCCCAGGGAGUGGGAGACCUCGUUUGUGACUCCAAAUAUUCGGACAUCGAACCCUCAACUGGUGGUGAGGUUGUUUUAAAAGUUUUGGAUCCCAGCUUUGAAAUAGAAGACCCUUACAGCCCCUAUAUCCAGGACCUUGUGACAUUAACAAACCUGAGGAUAAACUUUACCAAACUCCAUACCCUUGGAGAUACUUUGCUUGGAAGGAGGCAAAAUGAUUCCCUUGAUAAAUACUACUAUGCUCUGUAUGAGAUGGUGGUUCCGGGAAGCUCUUUUUGCAAUGGCCAUGCUAGUGAAUGUGGCCCAAUGCAGAUGGUGCAGGGAGGUGUUUUCAGCCCUCCGGGAAUGGUUCACGGUCGGUGUGUCUGUCAGCACGAUACAGAUGGCCCCAACUGCGAGAGGUGCAAGGACUUCUUCCAAGACGCUCCAUGGAGGCCAGCUGCAGGCCACCAGGACAGCCCUUGCAGGGCUUGCAGCUGUAACAGCCACUCUGGCCGCUGUCACUUCGGGACCGUUUACCUGGCGAGUGGCGGCCUCAGCGGGGGAGUGUGUGAAGAUUGCCAGCACAACACCGAGGGGCAACAUUGCCAUCGCUGCAAACCUCUUUUCUACAGGGACCCCCUGAAGGCCAUCUCGGAUCCUUACGCGUGCGUUCCUUGUGAAUGUGACCCUGACGGGACCACAUCGGGUGGCAUUUGUGUGAGCCACUCUGAUCCUGCCAUGGCGUCUGUGGCCGGCCAGUGCCUGUGUAAGGAGAACGUGGAAGGAGCCAAGUGCAACCAGUGCAAGCCUGGUCACUACGGACUGAGCGCCAACGACCCCCUGGGCUGUCAGCCCUGUGACUGUCACCCACUCAGGAGUCUGCCACUCUCUACCUGCGAUGUGGAUACAGGCCAAUGCUUGUGCCAGCUGUUUGCCACCGGACCACACUGUGAAGAGUGUGCUGUUGGAUACUGGGGACUGGAAAAUCAUCUCCAUGGGUGUUCUCCCUGAUGUGAUAUUGGAGGUGCUUAUUCUAACGUGUGCUCACCCAAGGAUGGGCAGUGUGAAUGCCGCCCGCACAUCACUGGCCGCAGCUGCACGGAGCCAGCCCCUGGCUACUUCUUUGCUCCUUUGAAUUUCUAUCUCUAUGAGGCAGAGGAAGCCAUGCCACUCCAAGGACUUGCGCCUUUGGGCUCAGUGACUUUUGGCCAGGUGCCUGCUGAUCACGGUGUUUUCCGAGAGCGAGUUCCUGGGACCCCGGUUACGUGGACUGGACCUGGAUUUGCCAGGGUUCUCCCUGGAGCUGGCUUGAGAUUUACUGUCAACAACAUUCCCUUUCCCAUGGACUUCGCCGUUGCCAUUCGCUAUGAAAUGCAGUCCACAGCUGACUGGGCUGUUCAGAUCGUGGUUAACCCUCCUGGAGGGAGUGAGCACUGUACACGCAAGACCCCACAGCCAAAGCCUCAGUCUUUUGCCUUACCAGCGGCUUCCAGAAUCGUGCUGCUUCCCACAUCCAUCUGUUUGGAACCAGAUGUGCAAUAUUCCAUAGAUGUCUAUUUUUCCCAGCCUUUGGAGGGAGGGUCCCACGCUCAUUCACACAUCCUGGUUGAUUCUCUUGGUCUUAUUCCCCAAAUCAAUUCACUGGAGAAUUUCUGCAGCAAGCAGGAUUUAGAUGAAUAUCAGCUGCACAACUGCGUUGAAAUUGCCUCAGAAGCGAGACCUCAGGUGCUCCCUGGUGCGUGUGAAAGGCUUAUAGUCAGCGCGUCUGCCAGGCUGCACAAUGGGGCCGUGGCCUGCAAGUGUCACCCCCAGGGCUCAGUGGGGCCCAGCUGCAGCCGACUGGGAGGCCAAUGCCAGUGUAAGCCUCGUGUGGCCGGGCGCUGUGACAGGUGCUCAGCAGGAAGCUACGGUUUGGGGCAUCAUGGCUGUCACUCAUGUCACUGCCACCCUCAAGGCUCAAAGAGCAGUGUAUGUGACCAAAUAACAGGACAGUGCCCCUGCUAUGGAGAGGUGGUGGGCCGCCGUUGUGAUGGGUGCCUGGCAGGCUAUUUUGGAUUUCCCAACUGCCGUCCUUGCCUUUGUAAUGGGCUCGCUGAACUUUGUGAUCCAGAGACAGGGUCGAGCUUCAACUGUGGGGGUUUUACAACUGGAAGAAACUGUGAGAGAUGCAUCGAUGGUUACUAUGGAAAUCAUUCUUCAGGACAGCCCUGCCGUCCUUGCCCGUGUCCAGAUGUUCCCUCGAGCAAUCAGUAUUUCGCCCAUUCCUGUUAUCAGAAUCUGUGGGGCUCAGAUGUAAUCUGCAGUUGUCUUCAAGGUUAUACAGGUAAGCAGUGUGGAGAAUGCUCUGCUGGUUUCUAUGGAAAUCCAAGAAUUUCCGGAGCACCUUGCAGGCCAUGUGCCUGCAACAACAACAUUGAUGUAAGUGAUCCCGAGUCCUGCAGCCGGGUAACAGGGGAGUGCCUCAGAUGUCUGCACAACACUCAUGGACCCAACUGCCAGCUCUGCAAGCCAGGUCACUUUGGAUCUGCCGUCAAUCAGACCUGCAGAAGAUGCUCCUGCCAUCCUUCCGGCGUGAAUCCUGCUGAGUGUCCCCCUGACCAGGGAGCUUGCGUCUGUGACCCUUACACUGGCACAUGCCCUUGUCUGCCAAACAUCACGGGCCAGGCCUGUGACCGUUGUGCUGAUGGAUACUGGAAUCUGGUCCCCAGGAGAGGAUGUCAGCCUUUCAAUUGUGACCCCCAGACCUCUCACAGCAGCCACUGUGACCAGGUUACAGGCCAGUGUCCGUGUAAAUUAGGCUAUGAUGGGAAACGCUGCAGUGAGUGCAAGGAAAAUUAUUAUGGUGACCCACUGGGGCGAUGCGUUUCGUGUGACUGCAACUGGGAAGGUACCCUGAAGCCCGCCUGUGACCAGGACACGAGCGUGUGCCUCUUCCGGGAGGGCGUUAGCGGCCAGCAAUGUGAUCGCUGCGCCCGGGGUCACAGCCGGGAAUUCCCUGCUUGUCUUCAGUGUCACUUGUGCUUUGAUCAAUGGGACCACACCAUUUCUUCCCUCUCCAAAGAGGUGCAAGGGUUAAUGAGGCUGGCUGCUACCAUGAAAGAUAAAAGAGAGACCCUGCCUGUCUGUGAGGCUGACUUCAAAGACCUCAGCAAGAACAUGUCUGAAAUAGAAAGGAUUUUGAAACAUCCUGUUUUUGCAUCUGGGGAAUUCUUAAAAGUCAAGGAUUAUCAUGACUCUGUUCGGAAACAAAUCCUGCAGCUAAGUGAGCAGCUGAAAACAGUGUAUGAAUUUCAAGAUCUGAAAGAAAAAACAGUAAGAAUGAAGAACGAAGCAGACCUCUUACUUGAAGAUCUUCAGGGAGAAAUUGAUUUGUGCUCCUGUGCCCGUAAUGCAAGCAUCAUGGAUUCCUCAGAGAACAUCAAGAAGUAUUAUCAGAGAUCAUCAUCUGCUGAAAAGGAAAUUAAUGAAACUACUUCCAUCAUAAGUAACUCAGAAAAAACCAGGAAUGAAUGACUUACCGUCUUAGAUACACUAGCCUCAAAAGAAAACUUGUCACUGGAAAAAUUAAAGCAGAUUAAGAUACCAGAUAUCCAAAUGUUGAAUGAAAAGGUGUGUGGAGAACUCGGGGACGUGCCCUGUGUGGUCUCGUCCUGUGGUGACCCGAGCUGUCGCGGCUCCCUCACCCUCUCGAGGAACGCCCUCCAGAAAGCUCAGGAAGCAGGGUCCGUGAUUCAUAAUUCGAGCAAUCAGGUUCAAGGGUUGAAGAAUCAGAUCAAAAAUAUAAGGAAACUGGCAGAAGUCUCCAAAAACAGUGCCUUACAGCUAAGUGAGAAAGUGAGAAAUAUGAAAAACCAAAGUGAAUCUGAAGAAGAAAAAAUGAAUCUUUUAAUCAAAAAACUGAAAAAGUUUUUGUUCGAGGAAAAUGUGCCUCCAGAGGACAUAGAGAAGGUUGCAAACCGUGUACUUGACAUCCACCUACCAAUAACAUCACAAAAUCUAACCCAUGUACUCAACAAAAUACGUAAACUUAUGCAACUCUGUGAGGACUAUAGGACAGAAGAGAACAGGCUAAAUAAAGCAGCAGAUAGAGCCCAAAGGGUUUUGGUGAAGGCAAAAGUAGCUGAGAAAGCAGCAAAUGUUCUAUUAAAUCUUGACAAAAUGUUGAAUAAGUUGCAACAAGUUCAAAUUGCUCAAGGAUGGGCAAAUUCUACCAUCACACAGCUGACUGCCAAGAUAACAAAAAUAAAAAAGAAUGUACUGCAGGCUGAAAAUCAAGCCAAGGAGACUAAGAAUGAGCUGGACUUAGCAAAGCAACAGUCAGCCCUGAAGGAUGGACUUUCCCGGCUGUGGACCAAGUUACAAAGCAAUCGAGACCAAGCCACCCGUGUGAAAGCUCAGGCUGAAUCGGGCCAACGCCAGGCUGGUGGCCUUGAGGAGUUUGUUGAGCUAAAAAAUCAAUAUGCUAUUCUUCAGCAUAAGACAAGCACUACAGGACUGACAAAGGAAACAUUGGGAAAAGUGAAACAGCUAAAAGAUGCAGCAGAAAAAUUGGCUGGAGAUACAGAGGACAAGAUAAGAAGAAUAACAGAUUUAGAAAAGAAGAUCGAAGAUUUGAAUCUAAGUAGACAAGAAAAAGCUAAUCAACUGAAACAGUUGGAAGAUCAAGUCAUUGCCCUUAGAAAUGAAAUCGUUGAGCAGGAAAAUAAAUAUGCUACCUGCUAUAGUUAGGUAGAGCUCAAGUGCAAAAUCACCUGUGCCUCCUUUUCUGGCUUCUGAUACGCAAAGCUGAGGAGCUAUGCUGAACUUGGGAAACACAACUGGUCAGCCUCUUCUGCCUCCUUCCCUGAGGUCUCUGCUUG